UGUUUUUAAAAGAAAGAUUGAUUAAAGACAAAUAGGAUUAUUAAAAGCAAAAGGAAUUAAACGGGAAUAUCAUUGGAUUAAUUUAAAAACAAAAAAUUAAGCAAAAACAAAAGUUAAGAUUUCAUUAAAUAGCAAUAGAUAAGAGAAGAAUAGUAAUUAAGAAAAAGAAAAAUUCAAAGCCAAAGAAAGCGAUACAUACAUACAUAUACGAAUUUAUUUACUUUUGUAGUGAACAAAUGAAUAAAAGAUUCGAAAAGCUUAAGACUAAAAUCAUUAAAUGCUACUCAUAAUGUUUUUUUUCUUCUGAGAAUCUUAAAUAUUUAGGACAAUAUUUUAUAGAAAAAUUUAAGAAUCCUCAUUGUUAAUUUGACCAUAAAAAAUUAGCUGAUGAGCUUUAGGAUGCCAUCUUUAAUUUGUAGUAUCCUUCUUACAUAAGAUGUAAUGCUGUUCAGGUACUAAUCAUUUUUUUUCUUAGUAAAAGUGAGUUAAAACAAUAUAAAUUAUUCUACAAAAAAGCUACUUAAGCAGUGUAUGCAAACAUCAAAUUCGUUCUUGACUAAUUUCGUUGAACAAAAUAUCAUUGAUAAGUUUGGAAAAAUAGCUUUACUUACAAAGAAACCUAGAUUCGAUUUGCUCUAUUUUUAAAACUAAUAUGAUGAAGUGUACUCGAUUUAAUUUUUUCAAGAAAUCCUCAAUUGCAUACAACAAUGGCAAACAAAAUCUCGCUACUAUGAGUCAAUCUACAGGAAUUUGGUAAAGUAGAAUAUAGUUUUUAUUCUAUAAAAUUAGCAAAAGAUGCCUUAAAGCAUUAGUCUUUAAAUGUAGUAAGGCUCAGUUUAAAAUUUGAGCUAAAAAAAAUACUAAAAAUAAUUCCCUCAGCUUAGCUUGGGAGACAGAGUGAAGCUCAAAAUAAAAUUGCUUUAGGAUUCUCUUUACUUCAUGUAUUCAUGUUUUGUUAUGUAGAAGAUGUCUGAUGAAAUCUCAUAGAUUCUACUAGUAUGCAACGACUUAAUUAUCAGUAUAGACUAAGAAAAGGAGUAGCUACAAAUGUAAAAUCACAGCUCUGAGUAGAUUAAUUAGAUUUAAAAGCUAUAAAUUUUACUUUAGACUAUGAAUUAAAACUACACCAACGGAGAGCCUAUACAAACUUAUGUGAAAAACUUUAAAGGUGUAUUAGCAGAAGUCUUGGAUAUCUAAAACUAAGAAGAAGAAGAAUAAAAAAUAAAGCAGACUUUUUUUGAAGAAUUUGGAUCAAUAAAAAGCGAAAAUUUUAUUGCUUCACUAAAUUCGCUUAAUUAGUUAGACUCUGAUUAAUUGCAAAAUAAUUAAAAAAUAAGGUCUUUUAAUUGCAUUUCAAAUUAACUCUCUAAUUUCCACUUAUCGCUUCACAACUUAACUGCUAACAAUCUUGAUCAUGUAAAGCACUUCGAUAAAUCGCCAUGUUACAAAAUUAAUUUAUCUAGGGGAUAGUCUAAUAAUUACUCCUCACCUAAUUCCCCAAAAAAACACCAAUUAAGUAUAUUAGGAAGUUUAAUUGAAGAAAAACAACCCAAGAAAGCUCCUUUAAUUUAUGGCAAAUUAAAAUCCUUGAAAUAGGAAACGAGUAAUAAGUAAUAAAAAUAAAGCAACAAUAUGUAUGAACAAGGAACCCCAGAGACAAAAUGCACUACUUUUUAUUCAGUCAAUGAAUCAAAAGAAAAUUAUUCAUAUUUCUCUUCUCGCAAUAAUAGUCCCUAAAUGUUUUCCACUGCAAACCCUGUCCUUUUUUAAUAGAUUAAGGAUUUUCCAGUAGAUGCAGAUGAAGUAAUGGACGAAGAGCUGCCUGUAAGGGUUAGCUCUCAAUCGCAUUCAUAAUUUUCCUCAUAAAACUAGCCAGAUUUUUCAAGAAGAAAUACUAACUCAGAUUUUUAAAGUUAGUAAAGAAUAAGCUAAUAAGUUAUUUAAAAUAAUAUCCCUGUUAUAUCUUAUAAUCUUUAAUCAGAUAGUAAUCAGCUAAAUGAGUAUAAAACUAAGUUCCCUUAACAAUAACAGGUAACAUAAAACAGAAAUCAAUUAAAUAAUAACUACUUUAGCACUUCAAGUUAGAACACAAGCGGGGUAUAAAAUCCUUUUUACAUUUAGAAUUAAACAAACAACUACAAAAACUCUAACAUUAUACUUCAACAAAGUUAAGAUCUGUAGCAAUUCUACUAAACUUGUUAGCAGCAAAUUUAAUAACAAAAUUAAUAACUAUAUUUUACUCAAUAAAAUCAACAGCAUUAAAUGAAUUAUUAAAAACCCCAAAGUUUACCUUAAAUAUUCUAAGCUCCUUAGAGCAAUAACUUUUAAAAUGUUAGCAAUGAAUAAAAAAUAAUAUCUCAGUUAUUUACUACAUAAGGUUCUUAGUUACAGUAGUAACAAUAACAGUAAACAAACUACCCAAUUAAUAAUACCCUGUGUAAUAAUAAUUUAUAAACUAAUUUUUACAACAAUAAUAAGAAUGGCUCUCAAAUUUAAGUUGUGAAUAUCUAAAAUCAAAAUAAUUAAAUUGGCAAUAAUUAUAUUCUUUCUUAAUCAAUGAUUUCAUAAUAAUAAUAAUAAUAUAAUCAAUCCUUGUAAAAUAAUAAAUAAUUACCUUUGUUUACAUCUGGAGCUAAUAAUUCUAAUUUUAACUCUUAGUUUAAUAGCUAAAAAAACUCAGUCCCAAAUUCUCCACCAAAAGUACCUUAAGCUAUACCAAAUUAAAGCAAUCCUUUAGCCAAUUCUAAUAUUUAAACAAACUAACCCAAUAUAACUCAUAUCCAAAAUUCUAAUUAACCAAGUAUUAAUCAAUUAAAAAGCGUUUUUGGUGUACCUAACUCCCCAAAUUCUUAAAAAUAAAUAUCAAAAAGUAUACUCAAUUUAUUAUCGCAAUAGCAAACUACUAUCAAGAACUCUAAUCAAAUAAAUUCCAACGCAUUCCUUAACUCUUAUGGUAUGAAUAAUAGUAAUAAUGGUUAAUUUGAACAAUAAAUUAGUAAUACUAAUGGAAUUACCUUAAUGUGUUCAAACAACAGCAGCCUAAAUAAUAAUAGCAACAGUAAUCAGAUAAAUAUAGGAAUAAAUUAAAGUACUAUAAACUUAGCUUAAACAGUAAUGCACCAUUUAUAAAAUAAUCAGAAUGCUGGUUUAAUAAAUAAUAAUAAUUAUUAUUAAAAAUACUUUGGAACAAAAAAUUAAGUAGAUUAACAAUAUUAAUAAUAACAAUAAUAAAUACAGAUGAACAACUAAAAAUAGGCUUAAAAAGGUAUUGAAGUAUCACUUCCAAACUAAGCCAAGCCUCUAAAUUCGCAAAUAGUAACUAAAAUAAACUAAGUUAUUCCAAAUGUAUAAAAUAAACCUAAUAAUGAUGGAAGUUCUAAAGCGAUUUAACAAAACUCCAUUUAACAAAUUACUAAAAUUUAGAAGCCAUCAGCUUGCUAAAAUUUAAUUUUAAAUUCACAACAGACAAGCAAUUAAGCACAAUAAUAUUAUAUAAGCAGCUCAAAUUUGGGUAGCCCUUCAAAAAACACAAGUACUAAAAAUUCUUUAAACAAUUCAACUAAUAGAUUUUCAUAGCCUGUACUAAUUUAACCCUCAACAAACUAAAGAUUUAAUAGAUCAUCUCAAAUGAAUCCUUCAUUUUAAAAUGCAUUUGCUAAAACAGUAAAUAAUACCUAAAACGCAUCCUUAAAUAGCUCAUUUAAAAAUCAGAGUCUCAAUACCUCUUCUUCUUAAAAAUCAAAUACAAUUCUACCUAAGAGUUAAUAUACAUUUAACUUAUAAAGGAUGUCAUAGAAUUAAUAUUACAAUAACUGAUCGAUUUAAUUAUAUUCAGUUUAUUACCAUAUCUUAUAAAAAUAAUACUUACUUUCAUUAUUAUAAAUUAAAUAACUAAAAACAUUUCUACUUGUUUUUCUAUUUGUUAGUAAAUUUUUACUAAUUUUUUCUUUUUUAUAAUUCCUUUUUUGUUUUACUUUUAAUUAAUAUUUAAUUCAACCGCAUACAUACAUACGCACUAUUGACAUAAAUCUAUUUUUUAAUUUUUUUUUUUUUUGUUACAAUCUUCAAUUUAUUUUUUCUGAAUAAUUACUUUAAUUAAAUUUUUUUUUUUUCGUACCUUAAUCUAUUUUUAUCCAAUAAUUUUCUUUCAAUAACUUUUAUCCACAAAAUAUAUAAAAUAAACUUUUUAAAUUCUUAAUAUAAAAAGUUCAAAAAUUUAAGUAAUAAAAAAAAUAGAAUACAGUAUAUCUUUUAUUCACAAUUAUUAAUUUUUUUAAAUUAUUAUUUCAUAUUUUUUCUCCCCUUUAUCAAUCGAUUUAUUAUUAUUUUUAUUCAUUCGUAUCUUUUAAAUAUUUUUAUAAAAAUUCAAUUGAAAUUUUCCUUAAUUAUAAAUGUAAAAUAUUA